AUAUGAAAUUCGAAUCAACAUCAAAAAAUAAAAUAAAGCUUAAUCGAAUUAUACACGACUGUGUUAAGUAUAUAAAUACAUAGAGCGCAGAAAGAUUCUUAUGACAAAACCCACACCAAUCCAACUCCCAUAGCUCAAAGUAAAUACAAAAUCCAAAGAAUCACGCAGCUCUCAAGAAUAUAUCAGACACGGAGCAAAAAGGAAAGAGAGGGAGAGAGAUUCAGGGGCCUCGAGGUUUGAAGAAACAGAGGCACCCCUGAAACUGGUCCGGAGCUAUCAUUCCACCACCUUUGCUUGUGUCUAUGGCUUCAAGCAGCUUCACCACCUCCUCCAUCUCCGGACGCCUGUCUGGAUUCGGGUCCCAGCAUCUCUUCAUGAUGUUUGCCACCGCAUGCGGGCAGCAUUUCGGAAUCUCUGACAGAGAGAGAGAGAGGAACCCUAUGAACAACGGCGUGAGAGAUCUCAGCAAAACUACAGUCAGCAUAGGGCAUGUCACAGCAGUAUAUUUCCCAGAGGCAUACCCCAAAGCUAUAGACAUCGCAUUUCCUGUUGUAAGGCUUUCCUUCAAGAACCUAUGCAACAAAAGCUAA